AUGGGGAAACGCAAGAAGUCCAGUCGUCAGCCACAGCAGCCGAAGAAGAAAGAGCCACUCCCGACCACUUUUGCCUGCCUCUUUUGCAACCAUGAGAAUUCUGUCAUUGUCAAAUUAGAUAAAAAACUAGGACUUGGAAAUCUUACGUGUAAAGUUUGCGGGCAAAGAUUUCAGACCGGCAUCAAUUAUCUAUCGGCUGCUGUUGAUGUAUAUUCAGAUUGGGUGGAUGCAUGUGAUGCAGUUGCGAAGGACACUGCAAAUAGAUAUGUUGAUGGCCACGACAAUCACAACGGCGAGGAUAAUGGCAUACGUGGUAUCCAUUCUCAUGAGCAUUCUCUUCCUUCCAGUAAAUGGGGUGACGGACCUGGGGAUGGCGAGGAGAUUGCUUCCUAUCUUGAUGAUGAAUGA